GUGGACCCGCGCACGGGGCUCGAGGAGGCCGGAUGGGACGACGACGACAUCGUCUUGGACGAGCACAAGUGGUGGCGCUUGCCGAGGCAGGCCUACAAGCCUGGUGAUCCGCGGCCGUAUCCCCCGACAGAUGAUUACCACAGCGAGGGCGUGCGCAACGCGUCCAAGGUGGCGGUGUUGAUAGCAUCUCUCGACGAGACCAAGGUGAUCGCAACUCUCAAGACGAUGUUCGAGAGGGCCCAG